AUAUCCCUUUCCGAUAAUUGUUGUUCAAGUUGUUUUUUACGGUGGCCAAUCAGAAGCAUCGCCGCCAAGGUGUUCUCCCAAUCCGGAAUAACUGGUUUCUCUGCAGUCGACAUUCUUUCCAAUACUCUCAUGCAUAACACAUUCGGUGUUGACCAGUUUUUAAUUUUAUUUCAUUUAUUUUUGUCGGUUUUGAGCGCAUUCAGCCAUUGAUGAUAACGUCUUCGAUACGAAUAAUCUAGCGCAAUUGACGUAUGGUAUUCCGGUUAUGGGUCAUUUACCUUACUGCGGUUUUCUGAGAUGAGUGCAAUUUAGUUUGCAUCUACGCAGUUCUGUUUUAGAAAUAUUUUGGCUCAAUACAAAGCCGUCCUUGAUGAGGUGAAUGGCACCUUCAAACGAUUGCUGACGUCAUAUUGCAAGCACGUAGCUCCCCCUAUGCAGGAGCAGAGCUGUGCAAACAGGGAACAUCCGUAUCCGGAAGACGUAGACGUCUUCUCUGUAUCCAUUUUCCUCAAACUAGCCCUUCAUCUGGCAACAAGUUUUCUGUCUAGCAGUUUGUCGGACAAAUGCAGUUAGCGCCAUCCUGUAUUUUAAGCAUCCUGUCAGUAAGCGAGUUGGCCUAUAUGCGUCCUUAGUUACGUGAAAUUGGCCAUCUCGAGCGGAUGUUAAAGACAAAUCUUGUCAAUGGCUUGAAAGAGGCAUUCGUCGAGAUACGGGGCGUGAAAUUAAAAGACAGUACAAGGAAAAUCAACUAACAAUUUGCCUUCGUUUAACACAUUACGUCAGUCGUUGUCAUCGCUGACACAAGGAUGUAUGACGAGAGCGCGACUCAGUCUUGUCGCUGUUGCAAACAUACCUGAAGCCUCUUUGUGCACCUUUUACCUGACUUGGUAGGCAUGUAUAAAAGUGGGAGACGGCCAGCGCUGUGCAUUCACUGUUGCUAGAAGCAGCGAAUGAAAUAAUGAAGAGAAUCAUACAAAUAAGUUGCUAGUAAAGACCUUCGUAAUUAACUUGUAGUCUUCCUUGGCGUAUUUAAAUGUAUCCAGUGUUUUGCAUUACCUCGAACCUGCAGAAUUUACGUUAGUUUGCUAAUUAAGAACUCCUUGCUUCGAUUAAAAAUUGAUUUUGUGCUCGUUCAAAAUGGAUUGGCUACACUUGAAUGGAGACGCCCCAUCCCGGAUGCUGAUUCCUCUGGGAACAUAUUACAACAAACAAUAUUACAUCAGUGACCAAUGCUUGCUUUGCCUAGAAGAUCUUAUUAGACAGUUAAACUGUGAUGAUACAAAGACUCAUUCACGCCGGCGCGGUUUUGGUUACAUCGAUCUCUUAAACAAGGACCUAAAACCCAUUCUGAUAAGUAGCUACAGGAAUUGGCCUAAAGUUUUCCGUUCCACAGUCAAAUUAUCGGUAGCGAUUACCACUCCAAUAGAAAGCCUUGUUUGCGAUAGGACUCGCGACCAGAAAACGUACUCGUCAUAUGUUACGUAUGAAUUGAAGCAGCUUCUUUACAAGGCUAAAGAAGCCUUCCUCGAUCUCAGUGCCACUCGAGCUAUUAUCGAGCACUCUAAACUUCUUUUGGCAAAACAACCUUCGUCCCGCGAUGAAAUCGAAUUGCUUAAUCUUUGUUUGUUACUUAUUCGUAACAUUCUGGACGCGCCGGAGCGUCCCGUUGAGCCUGAUUCUCAGAUGUCAUCGUAUUCACAAAGCUAUAACAUCGAGCUUUCUCAGCAAAACGAGAUUGUUUGCAACAUUUUCGCACAAGGGUUUGGAAAACUCUUGCUGGAUAUGCUGGCCUGUCCGCAGAAGGGUCAGUUGGUAGUUACAAUUGUCCAAGUCAUUGCGGCCAUUUACAAAGAUUGGUCAGUCGAAAACAUCCAGGAGAAGCUAAAUAUAAUGUUCGAGUCAAGUGUAAACGUGUCGUUCGACGAUGACGAGAAAAAUAACCCUACGUCACCGCUCGAGCCACUAUGCCAUACAUUACAGGAGGCUCUGACGGUGAUGUCCAGCACAUCAUCUAGCUCAGCUUCCUAUGGUGAUGAACAAAAAAUGACAAAGAAACAGCGACAGAAGACAUCGACACUAAAACUAUGCAGUACAUUGUGGGAAAAUGUGUCUAAUGAAGAUGCCAUUUCUCAACUAUUAGGAAAAUUUACCAUAGAUUUCAUGCUGAACGGCUUCAGCGUACUUCUGAACGAGCUGCUUCAGCAAUUGAAGCAAAAGGGCAAUCACCUUGUAGAUAAGUCCCAUUUUCUUUGGCUCCUAGUCAAUUGUUUGCCUUUUACGUCACAGUUGGGGCAGAAACCAAACAUUCUGAAACAAGUGCUAACCACGGAUCUGAUGGGCUACCUGAUUUGGGUAGUUGUCCAAGAGACGGAAAACGUCCAAUUAGAUUCCAUAAACACUGCUAUUGACCCUAAGCCAAGUCUACGGCGUUUACGUUUGGGAGUAAGAGCUAUAUUUGAAUAUCUUCAGGCUCUUGAGAAAUAUUCCGUGAUACGAGUAUCAGACACCGACAAAAACAGUUUUUCCCAAUGCAGUGAACAAUGGAUUUUUCAACUACGUCAUGAUCUUUUAGCUAUGGCAGAACUCCGACAGCUCUUCUUACUACUUCUACGUCACUUCAAUAACGAAUUUCAAACUCAUCAAUGCUUGGGUGAUAUUAUCUGCGCUAACCACGCCCUGCUUUUGACGCUUGAACGGGCCGUUCAACAGUCGGAGUACAGGGCGAGUUUUGACUUGGACCAUCAUUUGAAACAAUUUUGCACAAGUACCAUUAUGGCUCGAUACGGGUCUGCCCUCGAGGAUUUUAAGACAAAUGAUUAUUUUGUGAACGAGUCCAUCUUUACUAUGUUACGUCGCGUCGGUUGUGAAUUUGGCCGGUUUGAUCUCUUAUGCCAACCAAUCAUUCUACGUCCGCUGUGCAAAAUAUGGGAGGAAGAGUUUGAAAUUUGUGACGACUGGCAUGAUCUAAUCGAACGUCUGAUGCGGAAAUUCACGGAAAAUCUGUUUAACGACUGCGAAAAGCUUUCCCCGCACAAAAGUAAACAACGACCGCCGGACAUAGAAAGCUUCCCGUUCCUGGAAUCCGAUCAGCAACCGUUGGAUGCCUUGGCCGAGGAGUUUACUAGCAAACAUGAUCCUUUAACCGAGACAUAUGGAGACAUUAAAUUACUGAUUCACCAGCUAACUAGUGCCGGAUUCAACAAACAACUCGGUUGGAUCCAGUCAUCUUUGCUUACAGCUUGUGCAACUCGUUUACAUAGCUAUUCCGGCCGAGAAUUUAAUCACCCGAUUUGUUGUUCGUGCGCGACAAUGAAGAUUCCAUGUCCAAUUGUUCCAUGGACAGAAAUGGAAGCUUCUGGCCUUCGUUCCGAACACUUCCGCUUUCUUCUUCAGCUCAUGGGUCUUAUUCCACAAUUCUCUCAGUAUUUUUUCUAUCCGAAAAUUCCAUCCGAAUGGUCUGCCGAUGUCCUCUAUAGUUAUGCCCUCCUUUUCGGCCCCAUUCCUGAUCACAUUCACUUUGAUUUGACACUAGUCAAGAAAGUCCCUUUGCCGAUUCUUCCUGACUUCUAGUCCCAAUCU